GGGUAUCAGAGGCGGUGGAGGUUCGCGCACGCGCGCGAGGGACGGACGUUGGAAGACUUGCAUAUAAAGCUAGAAGAAAAUGAUUGAAGUCUUUAUAAUAAAGAUUGAAAACCCAGGCUGCUUUUGGGCUGGCAUAAAAGGAGGUGGAAAUUUUGUAGACAACGAAAUGGAAUAUAAAAAGCUUCAGUUUGAGAUGAAUCGAUUUUAUAAUAAAACACAUAAAAGCCUGGAUGAAGUCAAACCAUCGGUAUUGGAAGAAGGGCAGGUUUGUGCUGUUUAUUCCCAGGAGGAGAAGUCCUGGUGCAGAGCAGUUGUUGAAUCAAUCAUUUCAUGUACAGAUUAUUACCUGGCAGAAUGUUUCCUUGUGGACUACGCCAAGACCAUUCCUGUAAAAGCAGAGAAGAUUUGUUUUGCCUUAGAAUCAUUUAUGAAAUUGCCCUACAGAGCAAAGAGGUUUAGACUGUACCAUAUAAAACCUGUAACAUUACGUGUCAACUACUAUACCAACAGUGCGGAGAUAGUUCCUACUACCAAAUGGAAUGUUGCUGCUAUCCGGUAUUUCCAAGACCUCUUGAAUGCAGCUAGCCAGGUGGAGGCCAAGUUAUGUGCUGUUGAAGAAGACACUUUUGCCGUCUAUCUUUAUGUCACAAAAGGGGGUGAAAAGGUAUGUGUGAAUGAUGAUCUUGUUGCAAAGAACUUUGCUUCUUCUGAGAAUGAGGAAAGAUCUAUCGUUAUGGAAAAAGAAAAUCAAGAAAUGUUAGGUCUCAAGUCUGUCUCAGUGUCAGAGAUCAGUCCUGCAUUGCCAACAUUGCUGGAUAUCAAAGAAUCCAAAGAUUUUGAAAUGUGUAAUGCUGUUUCUGAUGACGUUGUGAAAACUAUAAUGAAGAUUCUGCCAGAAUCUGCCUCACCAAAUAGAGAUGUAAUGGUGGCAAUUCCUUCCCUGAAACCAGGUAUAACAGUUUCUGUAACAGAUCUGCAAGCAAACAGCAGCUCAUUUAAGGCAACUGCAAAUGUAAAGGAAAUAGAAAGAAGUCUUUACAAUAGAAACACAAGCAUGAAGCUUCUACAGCUUUUAAACCCUGCUCCUUUGAAAGAUGUUGAUGAACAAGAAGAGACAGAAAAGCAUCAGGUGGAUCUCAGUGCACACCUCCCGGUUGUUCUCAGUAAUAAAAUCGACCCAUGCUCAUCUCUUGAAAAAGCACCAUUGUUUCCAGCUCUGAAACAGGAACUCCUGAAGAACAAAUUUGUGGGCCCUAAUCAUGUCCAGUCUUAUUCCUGGCGAGCAAUAGCCCGUGGCUAUGACUCAGUCGUCAUCUGUCCUGAAAAUGAUCCACUUAUAUAUCUUCUGCCAAUUAUAACAUUUCUGCAGUCAAAGAAUUGCUACCUAUCAUUACCAGCUAGGAAUGGCCCAGUCGCAUUAAUCAUAUGUGCCAGGCAAAGGAAAGCAGAGCUAGUCUUUGAGUUUGUGGAAAAAUACACUCAUUGUUCCAGGCCUCUUCACCCCAUAUUGCUCACAGUGGGAAUGAAGAAAGAAGAAAUCAAAAGUGUGAGAAUUCCUAGAGGAUGUGAAUUAAUGGUAACAACCCUGUAUAGCCUUUUGAGGUUACUUGAGUGCCAUAGCUUAAUGUUCCUUAGACUGUGUCAUCUUGUGCUUGAUGAAGCUGAAGUCCUAUUAUCUGAAGCUAAUGAUCAAGUACUUAAUAUUUUAAAACAUUACAAACAAAGCUUGGAUGAUGAAGUGAAGGAGUAUGUGCCCCAACAAAUUGUUGCUAUUGGAAGUCGCUGGACCAAAAAAAUGGAAUAUUUAACUAAAGAGUUCAUGAAUGAUCCAUAUGUUGUGAUCACAUCCUUGGAAGAAGCUGCAAUAUAUGGGAAUGUACAGCAGGUGGUACAGGUUUCCCUUGAAUGUAACCGAAUCUCUGUUUUACUUCAAACACUGGAUUUUACUCCUCAUAAUGCUCAGAAGACAUUGAUUUUCACCAGUUCUGUGGAAGAAACAGAUAAUAUUUGCAAGGCAGUAGAAAGCAUGUCAGUAUUUUGCUUGAAAAUGCACCCAGAAAAUGGAUAUCAAUUUGAUCAUGUUGUAGAGCAGUGGAACAAAAGGUUCGGUUCUGGCACGCAUGCUGUAUUGGUUUUAACAGAUGACUGCAUGCCAGCCUUAGAAGUUACAGAUGCAACGUGUGUCGUGCAUUUCAGUUUUCCUGCCUCUCCAAGAAUCUUUGGUGCACGCUUAUACUGCAUGUCUGAUCACUUCCAAAACUCUAUAGAAAAGGUUUCACCUCGAGCAAAAGAACAACCAAAGGCCAAAUCCAUAUUGCUGUUGACAGAAAAUAGUGCAUGGCAUACUGUCGGUGUAUUAGAUUACUUAAAACGCACAGAAGCCAAUAUUCCGCCUGAAUUACGUGACUUUACAUCUGGAGUGCUGGAAGCCAAAGAAAAUUGUAAGAGUGGGAAGCCUUUUUGUCGCUACCUGAAAGUGUACGGCUUUUGCAAGGAUAAAAACCGCUGCCCUGAUAGACACCGACUUAAUUUGCAAGUAGAUUUCCCCAGAGGAAUGGCAGAUAGUGCUCAACCAACAGCUGGAAACAUAACCAUCCUGCCUCUGUUUAUCGUGGACGCCACAAACUACUUUGGCCGCAUAGUAGAUAAAACAAAGGAUCAAUAUACUGCUCUAGUAGAAGAGAUGCAGAAGUAUUAUAAGAAAAGCAGUAAUUGCAUCUCUGUUAAUUCGGUGGAAAAGCUUGCCUUGUAUGCAUUACAUGAGAAAAAUUAUGUUCAUAGGGUUCAGGUGUUGCAAGUUACACCCAAAGAAGGGAAAGGUUUGUUUUAUAGUGUUGAUGUCAAGUAUAUAGAUGAAGGCAGAACUGGCCAAGUCCAAAAUUAUCAAUUGCUUUCUUUACCGGAGCAUUUUCAGAUACUGCCCCCUCAAGCAGUGGAAUUCAUUGUCUGCCGCGUGAAACCCAUUGAUAAUGAAGCAGAGUGGAACCCAAAGGUGAAUAGAUACAUAAACCACAAGAUCAAAGGACAACCACAUGAAGCAAAAAUAGUACUUGCCCUAAACAAUACAAUUUGGGUGGAUCCAGUGGUUCGAGUCACCAAACUUCUAGAUCUGAAAACAUCUAUAAAUGAAUACAAUAUUCGCUCUGAAAUCCUAUCUACUGGUUUUGGGGUCGAUAAUCCUGAGCACAUAUGUGAACUCCAGAAGUUGUUUAGAGAAGCAGAAACAGCCUUUGAGAAAAAAGACAUGCCUGCAUUAAACCAUCCUCUGAAGGCUGAAUCCAGUGAGCAGGCCACAUCUGUUUCACUCAGCAUCUUUGACCAGACUAUUUCCAACUCACAGACCACUGAGGAGCAGAUCCUGCCCAGUGUAGAAAAUACAAAAGGGAAAGAUACUGUUAUUAUCGAGGAAAGCUACUCUCAAGGAACUUUGCCAAACCAUUGUAAUGGAAUGCUUCAACAUGAGGAAGGACAUGACUCUCUUCAACCUGCUGAUGCAUGCUUGCAUCCAGCAAUAAAGUGGUUUGAAAAACAGGAUGUUGUUGUCCUGAAGAUAAAAGUGCAAAACAUCACUCGUCACAACUGCAAGUUUUUUACACAGAGGGUAAUUUUCAGUGGUUCUGUGGAAGACAAGUUUUAUUUGGCUGAUCUGGAACUGAAAGAAACAAUAGUUGAGGAAAAAUCCAGUUGUGUGCUUCGAGACAAUGAGGUGGUUGUGACCCUUGCAAAGGAGAAGAAGGGAUCAUGGUGCCGUUUGCUGAAACAGAAGAACCCACAUGUGUCUUUUGAUUUCGAUUACCUGGAGGACGAUUCUGAAGAAAAUAGUUUCUCCAGUUUAAAUCCUGACACUUACAGAGUAUUAUAUAAUGUGCAACAAGAAUCCUGCGACGAAAGCGAUACAGAUAGUGAUGCGUCGACCUGUUAAUUCAGAUUUGGAAUUGAAGAUCUGGAUGUUGUAUUUCACACGAUGAAAAGAUCCAUUUAGAUUUUGCAAACAGGCAUUUAAAUGUUUAUCAGUUCAAACAGUGAGUGUCAUUCCCGUAAGUGGUAGAAUCUUAGUUUUUCAGCCAUUAGGAUUUUGAAAAGGUCAAGCAAUUGGAGAUAUUUGCUCUUUGACAGAUGUCAUAACACUGUGAUCCUACAAAUGUUUAUUUGGAAAUGCGUUCAACUACUUGCCAUGGGAUUUAAUUAAUGUAGGCUGAAAUAAGCGUAUUUAGUUAAGAAUAAUGGCAGUAACAGCACACUGUGAUGGGAAUACUUUCAGUAAGUCAGUAUAUUAAUUAAUAUUGGCUAUUAUUCACAAUCGCAAAUUCAAAUGAAUUGCUUGGAGUUACACACCCAUAACUGAUAUGUAUUCACCCCAUAACUGAUAUGUAUUCACCAUUCCUAUUGUUUCAGUUGUGUAGGAAUACUAGAUACAUAGUAGAUAGGAAACUCUACAGAAAAUAUUUUGUAUUCAGAAUACAGUAGAAGAUUUUGAUUUAUUUGAAACCUGUUUGGAGAAAGGAUUUCAAGUUUUGUAAUGCAUCUGUUGUGCCAGUCCAAACAUCUCAGGCCCCUUCUACACAGCUGUAUAAAAUCCACAUUAUCUGCUUUGAACUGGAUUGUAUGGCAGACUAAGAUAAUCCAGUUCAAAUCAGAUAAUGUGGGAUUUUCUGCCUAGAUAUUCUGUGAUGUUGGACUGUGUGGAAGGGCCCUAAAUCUCCUUGCAUCUCUGCAUAGUAGAAAAGGCCAUAGUUACAAAGAACGGAUAGAAGAGAGCCUUCACAGCUGUGCUACUUCAGUUAUGGUCUUGGGUCUUCCAUAGUAGACAAGACCAUCCUCCAAAGCCAAAAGAGUUGUUCAAGGGGGCGGGGGUGUAACUGGCUUAGGUUGCCCCCCUUUUUUUCCUACCACGUCUAUUUAAUUACUUUUUUAGCUAGGUACUAUAAGUUUGUAUUGAUGUGUUUGUUUCCUGGUUUGGUUUGUUUCUAUUAUAGCAUUGAAUGUUUGCCAUCUUUAGUUGGAAACAGCUCUGAGUUCCCUGGGGAGAUAGGACAGGUUAUAAAUAAAGUUGUAUUAUUAUUAUUAUUAUUAUUAUUAUUAUUAUUAUUAUCAGUUAUGUUAUAAAAACCUCUAGUUAAUCUCUCAUGUAACCCGAAGGAUGUCUAAAUCCGCUCAGGGGUUCUCUUUCUUUUGUAAAGAACAUGGAUACAUCCGUAUGUUAACAGUUUUCUCUCAUUUGACCCACAGCAAAAGAAUGUUGUUCUUCAAAUUACAACUAGUAUUGGAUAAAAAGUGACAUAAAAUAUUGCUUCACAGAAUAAUACAAAUUUAGAUGAUUUAGAAGCAAUUUACUGGUAUUCUAUGGCUUUCAAAGAUGGCUGCAAUAAUGGGGAAAUUAUAGAGACAACCACCUGACAUUUGUCUAAAACAGUGGUUUCCAACCUUUGGUCCUCCAGGUGUUUUGGACUUCAACUCCCAGAAAUCGCAGCCAACUUAUCAGAUGUUAUGGACUGUGGAAACUGAAGUCCAAAAUACCUGGAGGCCUAAAGGUUGGGAACCAUUGGUAUAAAAAUGCAUUGUGAGACUACUUUUGAGUCAGUGGAAGUAUUGGGGAUGGAAGAGUAUCUUGCAAUAAUCAGGUUGCUAGUCCUGGUUAGAGCUGGCUUAAGGUACACCUACACUGUAGAAUUAAUGCAGUUUAACCACCACAUCAUGGCAGUUGCAGUUUUACAAGGUAUUUUGCCUUCUCUGCCAAAGAGUGCUAGUAUGCACUAAACUACAACUCCCAGAAUUCCAUACCCUUGAGCCAAGUGAUGUCAGGCUGCAUUAAUUCUAGGCUGUAAGUGCACCCCAAUCGAAGAAUUGGGGUUUACCUAAGUGUUGGUUUAUCUGUUUAGCAAUUGAUUGAAAUUAUUUACUCCAAUUGGGAUUAACAGGAUGUCAGCCAGUUGUCUUCAACUGUGCAAACUACCUAUCACCGGCAUAGGCCAACUUCGACCCUCCCUCUGUUAGUAGGCUGUUAGGAAUUGUGGGAGUUGGAGUCCAAAACAUCUGGAGGGAGGGCUGAAGUUGGCCCAUGCAUGAUUUAACACUUCUCCCUCUUUGAAUGUUUGGAUUCAAUGCAGUAUAUCAGUAAAAUGUUAGGAAGACAGAGCUGUUAUGCUAUUUUUUCCCUCCACAAUUGCAAAGGGUCAAUUUGCCUCUUCUGUAAUAAUAAUAAUAAUAAUAAUAAUAAUAAUAAUAAUAAUAAUAAUUUUUUAUACCCCGCUACCAUCUCCCCAAGGGAUUCGGUGCGGCUUACAUGAAGCCAAGCCCACAGUACAUCAGUAAACAAAGGCAAUAACAAAAACAAUCAAUAUAAAACAAUAUAAAUCACAUAAACAAAAAUAAUAAACAAUAACAGUAACACACAAGCAUCUAUGUACAAGACAGAGUGCUUUUCAUUUUCAGUCUUGGAAAUACUAUGCCUGUAUCUCAUUUCCAUUCUCUCGUUUGGCUCUUAGCACAAUUUAGUUGGAGUUAAAAUUUUAUAAAAUUCUGCUGUUCUAAUGAAAUGAAGCCAUGUUGUAAUAGUUGUUUUCUUCAUCAUUUCGUUUUCCAUUUGAUCAGUUUAUGGCAAAUCAUUAUUUUGUACAUUGCCUUACAACGUUAAUUA